AUGCAAGCCUCUUUGCUGGCUAGUCUUGUCUUCUGUGCCCUCGUUGGCGCGCAUCCUACGGGACAUGCCGACAGCCUCGUUGGCCGUGCCGUUGAUCUCAAUGCCUUCCGACUAAAGGCUACGUCCAAGUACGUGAACGCUUCGGUCGCUGUCACUGAACCCAGUGUCCGCAGCGGGAAGCGCGCCGACUAUGUUGAGACGGCUACCGAGUUGGUCAAGUCUACUGUGAAGGGAGCCACCUUCCGGGUCGUUGGAGAUCACUAUACCGGUUCGAAUGGAAUUUCCCACGUCAACUUCAAGCAGACCGCCAACGAUAUCGACAUUGACAAUGCCGAUUUCAAUGUCAAUGUUGGCAAAGAUGGAUCCAUCUUCUCCUAUGGAAAUUCAUUCUUUACGGGCACCAUCCCCCCGCGUCCGCUUACAAAGCGCGAUGUCUCUAAUCCGGUUGAUGCACUGAAGACCGCGACUAGCACACUCCAGCUCCCUAUCGAAGCUGAGAAAGCUUCUGCUGAGACUGCCGAGGGCAAGGAAACCUUCACUUUCAAGGGUACCUCCGGCGCAGUUCAGGAUCCUAAGGCCAAGCUCGUCUACCUCGUCAAAGCUGAUGGAUCAUUGGCCCUUACCUGGCGAGUUGAGACCGAUAUCUUGAGCAACUGGUUGCUUACCUAUGUUGACGCUGGUACAAACCAAGCUGUUCAUGGUGUUGUGGACUAUUCUGCGGAUGCCACCUACCAAGUCUAUGCUUGGGGCCUGAACGACCCUACUGAAGGUGCCCGUACUAUUGUUACCAACCCCUGGGAUAUCAAGGCUUCCGAGUUCACUUGGCAAGGGACUGGAACUACUACUUACGAUACUACCCGUGGCAACAAUGGUAUCGCUCAGUCCAACCCAAGCGGAGGAAGCGCUUACCUCAACAACUUCCGUCCCUCGAGCCCUACCCAGAACUUCAACUACCCUUACACUACCGCAAUGUCGCCGCCUUCGUCCUACGUCAACGCCUCUAUUGUGCAGCUGUUUUACACGGCUAACGAAUACCACGACCUGGUCCACCUUCUUGGAUUUAACGAGAGAGCUGGAAAUUUCGAGGUGAACAACAACGGCCAAGGCGGAGUUGGCAACGAUCUGGUGAUCUUGAACACCCAGGACGGCUCUGGAACCAACAACGCCAAUUUUGCCACGCCUCCUGAUGGCCAGCCUGGUCGCAUGAGGAUGUAUAUCUGGGAUCGAUCUACGCCUAACCGGGACAGCAGCUUUGAAGCCGGUGUUGUUAUCCACGAGUACACGCACGGAGUCUCUACCCGCCUCACUGGUGGCCCUGCUAACUCCAACUGCCUUAACGCUCUCGAGUCUGGCGGUAUGGGCGAGGGCUGGGGAGACUUCAUGGCUACUGCCAUUCGCCUGAAGCCUGCCGAUACACGCGCUAAGAACUACCCUAUGGGCGCUUGGGUUUUCAACAACCCCGCUGGUAUCCGCAAAUACGUCUACUCUACCUCCUUGACAACGAACCCCCAUGUUUACACUGAUGUGAACUCGCUCACCGCAGUGCAUGCUAUCGGAACGGUAUGGGCCACCAUGCUGUACGAGGUGCUAUGGAACUUGAUCGACAAACAUGGCAAGAAUGACGCGCCAAAGCCUACUUUCAACGCUGCUGGUGUGCCCACCGACGGAAAAUACCUCGCCAUGAAGCUUGUCAUUGAUGGCAUGGCUCUGCAACCGUGCAGCCCCAACUUCGUCCAAGCCCGUGAUGCCAUCAUCGACGCCGAUACUGCGCUAACAGGUGGUGCCAACAAGUGUGAGAUCUGGAAGGGUUUCGCGAAGAGAGGUCUCGGAACGGGUGCUAGGUAUAGUGCUACCACGAGGACUGGCAGCACAGCACUGCCCAGUGGGUGUUAA